AUGGCGCUCCUCAUUCUCCUAUUUACGGCAGCGUGUGCAUUCGGAGCGGACGACGGUGAGUGUGUGUUUUAGGGAACAAUGAACUCCGGUCUCUCUGUCUCCUCAAAAUACUUAGUUUGCUCAUCGCGACAAGCAGUGUUAAACCAUAUUAUGGAAACAAAAUAUGAUUGCUCUGAAUAGUUACUGUCUUGUUGCAUUGCAAGGAGACAUAUUAAACGAUCCGAUUGUUUAAAAUGGUUAACCUAAUCGGAACUUACCUCGGGGUGUAGAUAGCCCUUACGAGACGCUUGUCUUCUAGUCGCCAUUCGAGAAGUAAAACAUCUGAUUGGAUCAAUUGAAAUGUCUAAAAGUUACUCAUCGCCGUUUUUAUAACUUUAUGCUCUAGCUGUCUCGGAUAUAUGCCGCAUGCAGUUCGAGAUCGGUACUUGCGACUCAUUUGACGGGAGAUAUGCAUACGAUCCUAAGAUCGGCAAAUGCAAGGAAUACAUAUAUAGCGGUUGCGGCGGAAAUGCAAACAAUUUUCCAACAGAAGAAGAAUGUGAAAAAGCAACCAGAGUAUGCCGAGAGAGAGGUAAGCCAAACAAGUAUUUCAUACUUCAUUCAUGUCUGCCAUCACGCUAGCCUUAAAACAGUCGAUCACUUGAUGGCAUAAUGCUGAUCGGUAAGGCAUGGAUAAGUUCACUGUGCAAUGAUUCACAGGUAUUAGUUAAAAACCCAGACACGCGUGUUUCGCGGAUCUUAUGUAGCUGCCUGACCCAGCUGCAAGGGGUUCGGCCCGUCAAUGGGUCUCCCAGCUUCCCCCGUGUGCUUUCCGGUAUAUGAACUUCAGUUUCAACUUGCCUUGUUUAAUUUCCGAGGAAAUUAAUGCGCAAACUGGAGUCAAUUUUUCGAAACGGGCCUUUUCAGGCACGCUCCAAAGUUGGAUAUUAAUAUUUUAGCUGAAAUCCUUCAGCUACUGCAGAAUAACCGCUUAAUAUUCACAAACCGCCAACAGGCAGCCAGUAGUAUAGAUAUGUGCAAUGAUUUACAGGACUAACAACAUUCCCAAAAAGUGAAAAUUGACCCACAUGGAAUAACUGAGCUGUGACUUACAGGCUCACAUUGCGGGAAGCAUAUUCAGGCAUGAAAGGCCUGCGUGUCAGUAGGAACGCGCAUCACAUAUCCACCUUGCUCGUUGCCGGCCUCACGUGGUCGUCUCACAUCCCAGAAUCGUAAGUCAAGUAGUAACGGCACAUUAAACAACGGAUUUAGGAACACAUGUAAGGUAAACCGGCAUGUUACUGCUUAUGAGGCCAAAAUACACAAUAAAUGCCAGGUGGCUGAACUGCAUUUCAAAAGUAGUCACAUUAAAAGCAUCUGGCCGAAUAUUUAUUUGUUAUUCGGUUUAAUCAUAAGGACUAGGAUUACUUAUAGGGCUGGAGUUUGGACGUAGGCCCUGAUAUUUAUCGCCGGACUGCCCGCCAUGCGGGAAAGAGCACAUAUUCUCGUGCCUAAUGUGGCGCUUUAUGCACUUCAGCCUUUAAAUCAUUGGAUAAAAGUGAUGAAUCUGUAAGAUUUACCCUUUAAAAUCAUCUUAUUUCUUGCACUGCAGAAAUCCAUUUGUAAGAACCACUUUUCUCAGAAAAUCUCUCUGAAAGAUCCGCAUCGUGUAAAAAGUCGCAUGCAUCCAAUUUGGUGUACACGUUCAUGGGAAAAUGCUGUAGAGAGCAUUAUGUUCCAUGACGUCCUACGGUCCAUUCAUCGCGUACACAUAGGAUAAUUCACGGCCGACUGGGUAAAUUCAUGUUUUAAUUAAAGUCCUUUCUGGCAGAGACGGGCUACAUUUAGAUCAUCAUUUCCACAGAUCUGCUUUUUCUUUCUCAUUUCAAUCAUCGUUUGGAUACAAAUGAGUUAAAUUUAGUACUGGGUCCUUGCUUGACUGUAGUAUGCUGUUGCUAAGUGUUUUAACGAUAUAGCAUAAUCUGAUGAGCAACCUUUUGAUUUUUGUCACUUAUGGGGCAUAACCGUCGCCAAAACCCCUUCUACUUCACGUAAAUAUGUAACAAAGAAAAUAGGUUAGCUAGAUUCACGAGUGUCAUGUUUGACAUAGGUAAUCAACAUCAGGAUUAAAUACUCACAGCCAAAUAAGGUAUUUGGGCUGUGAUUUGCAGGUCUAUAUUAUAAAAAACAAAUGUAAACAGGAAUUAUCAUUGGGUCAGCGGGAGAGCGAAUUACACAUUCCCUUGUUUUGGCACACCAUACAAAUCUCUCACUUCAUGCUCCGCAAUCUUGGGUCUAAACCAACGACAACGACAGCAUAGGACCCAACAGUUACAAAUAAUGGUCGCUGGUAAGUUCAGUGCCGACUGUUUUACGGCUAGACAUCGCAUAUUACCAAUCGUAAGGGACUGCCGCUGGAUCUCAGCUGAAAGUGCGGUUGGUUCAGACACGGAUGGCCUGGACACACUGGAAACGAGUUCGAAUCUCCCGUGUUCCAGCGUCUAGGGCUCUUGAAUGCGUUUUGUUUUCAUUCUACUAACCCAAAUCUCAUUUAUAUCAAUUAAACUCCGCCUCUUUUUUCGCUUUCAUGAUCGUUGGGGCCAUGCAAUCAGAUGUCAGACGGCGUGAGGGUUUUCAAGAAGCCAAUCUUGCAUUGACUGCUUGGGGAGGAACAUCUUCACUGUGUAUUUGGCUGGCAAUCCUUCAGUUGCUGGGACGUUUUCUGCAUUGA